AGAUUUCCAUUUUGUAUGACGUCAUAUUAACACUGAAUUUCUGAAAAUCUUUAAACUUUUUUAUUGAUUACGUCAAGAUGACGUCAGUUUGGAUAUUAAUUGUGACGUCACUUUUCGUUAGCAUCUCGGCCCUUGAUAUACCACCUGAAGCCAAGGAACAACUGCCACGCCCACCCACGAUCACCAUCCAACCCGAUGAGGUCACAUACGCGAUUCCACGCGUUUUGAUUGUACUUCGAUGCGCCGCGGUCGCCCAACCAGAUGUUAAAAGCACAGGAGGAUAUUUAUGGAAGAAAGAUGGAAGUACUUUGGAAACUGUUGAUAGUCCUUCCAAUGACGGAACUGGCGUUAGCAUUGUGAUGUCACAAAAAGAUGGAACCAUUACCUUCAGGGGAAGUGAAAAUCUGCCGGAAGAAGAACUUCUUCAAUAUGAAGGCGUGUACCAAUGUUUUGCAUCUAAUGACCUCGGAACAGCAAUGACCAGAUCCACAACUUUAAAAGCUGCAGCGACCGUAUUCCUACUACCGGAAAACAAGAUCAUAGAAACACAAGUGGGCGCCCCACUUCAGAUACCUUGCAGCUACAACAGCUCCGAUGAUAAGUUAAUCACGUGGAAGUUUGAACCAGACACCGUUACAUUGAACGAAAGAAUAUCUGAGUCGUCCGAUGGAAGAUUGAUCUUCUCCAACGUCGAAGGAGGUGACGAUGGACUCGUAGUCUACUGUAUAAUAAAAGAUCGAAUUACUAGGAGGUCUGCGGAUGGUCCCCACCACACGUUCUACGUCGAUGCAUCAAAUCCUAUGAACGACCAACCACCAGUGAUUGUUUCUCCCGCUCCCCAAACCGAACCGCAAAUCGUGCUCAAAGAUGACACCUUUAGACUAAAAUGCUCGGCCACGGGAAAACCAACUCCAAUCGUUCACUGGGAAAAGGUAAAUGGAGUUUGGCCGACCGAUCGUUACGUCAUCGAAGAUUUCGGACGAACCGUUACCAUUAGCAACGCGACAUAUGACGACAGUUCCGAUUACAGAUGCACGGCUAGCAAUAGUGCUGGGGAAGUCGCCGUAGAUGAAAAAGUAUUGAUCCACGCGCGACCUUUCUUCUCCACCGGUGAUAAUACACCUCGUGACGUCAUAAGAUAUCCAGGUGGCAACGUCACAAUAAGAUGUCAACCUGAGGGGAUUCCCUCGCCCUCAAUAGAAUGGAGGGUCAAUGGCGUUCCUAUUGCAGACACUCCAAAAAUGGAUAAUCGUGAAAUCCACCCAACCAAAAUUCGACUUUACAAUCUGCAAAUACCAGAUUCUGCUGUCUACCAGUGCAUUGCAUCAAAUCUAUAUGGGAGCAUUAUAAAACAAGCAUAUGUGAAUGUGUUAGUUUCAAAGCCACUUGCGCUUUCCAAUGAUGUGGUGCAGUAUGAACAAGUUGUGGGAAAAUCUAUUGAACUGAAGUGUCCUGUAUUUGGAUCACCCUCUCCUGACAUCAAGUGGAAAAAAGAUGGGGCCGAUAUUGCAAUGAACGACAGAAUUUCACUUCGAAAAAAUAAAUAUCUCCGAAUACACGAAGCAACUUUUGAUGAUGCUGGUCCAUACUCUUGUCUUGCUUGGAACGAAUAUGGAAGUUUAUUAUUAAACACCUCGUUGUCAGUUUUUGAACGAACCCGGAUCCAGUCUGCUCACCCAACUCCUUACUUUGUAAAACGAGGCGAUUCGGUGACCAUGUCAGUUCAGAUUACCACCGACACGGGAGUUGAGCCACGUUCAGUACAUUGGUAUAAAUCCAACAUUCCUGUUGGUCGAGGUGUCAAUCACAUUGUCGACAAUGCAGAGUUCACAGAUACUGGAAGUUACAAAGUUAUGGUCAACACCACACUGGACCAUGCUUCUGUUCAUUUCACAUUGGUUGUACAAGAUGUCCCAUUACCACCAAUGGAUUUCUCUGUAGAAGCUACAGGUGCAACUCCCUUAGAUGUAAGAUUUACAUGGCAACCAUCUGAUAAUAACUUUUCUCCAAUAGAAGAAUAUAAAAUUGAGUAUGAAGAAAAUAAUUACAGACCAGGAGAAUGGUUCUUAUUGGUUGAUUCGAUGUCACCUGAUGUAAUCUAUUAUGAUGUCACACUAUCACCGGGUUUGAAUUACAAAUUCAGAAUGUGGGCUCGUAAUUCUAUUGGCUGGAGUGAGACACCGAGUGGAGAAAGCAUGCGGUAUACCACACCGGACGAUGCUCCCAGUGUAAACCCAGUAGGAGUAUCAGGGGAGGGGAACACCCCAACUAACAUGAUUAUCACCUGGCAACCCGUGGAACCAGUGAACUGUAACGGACCAGGUUUUGGUUACUAUAUCAAGUACUGCCCAGUAAAUGACUGCACGAACAGAACAGAAAUUCCUGUUCCAGGCAGUGACGUAACAUCAUAUGAAGUGAAUGGUCUUCCAACAUAUACUCCAUACAAUAUCAAGGUUGUCAGCUAUAAUUCUAUUGGAUCUGCAGCAGACCCAGCUGAUGUCAUUGGGUUUUCUGGAGAAGAUUCUCCCAUGUCUGAACCAACUAAUGUCAUGGUCCAAACAAUUGAUGAUGAUGCAACAACAGUCAUUGUGACAUGGCAAAAGGUUGAUGCUGACUCAGUACGUGGUAAAGUGUUAGGAUACACUGUGUCUUUCCAACCUACUUCUGGCUAUAAUGAUGUAAAUCAGAAAGUUGGUGACACCAACACAGCAAGAGUAACCGAUCUUCAGCCAAACACACAAUAUACGUUCAGUGUUGCUGUCUUCAACAGUGUUUCAUCUGGUCCAAAUUCACUACCAUAUGACGUCAUAACACCAGAAAGCACACCCGGUCCACCACAUUUACUGCGUUCAGUCCAAUCUUCUGAUAAAACGAUCCACCUCGCAUGGUCAAGUCCUCGAAAACCAAACGGCGUCAUUACUGGUUACGUCAUGAGCUACGUAUGCCUAAACGACACCACGGAACGUUUUGGACCCAUCAUGCUUGACGAUACCUCUUACGUCAUGACUCACUUACGUCCAAAUCACUUAUAUGACAUCACAGUUGGCGCUCGUACGUCAAAAGGCGUGGGUGAAUUAUCUAAUGUUCUCAUGUCGACGAUGGCAGGCGAAGCCCCCAAACCUGCUACCUUCAACGUCACAUCCGGUUUGUCGAACGCAAACGUCACGUGGUUCUCAGCCGAGGGGAUUCCCGCUUCAAAAUACUUUAUUGAAUAUAAAAAAUCAGAUGAAGACAAAUGGUCUACAGUUGGACCUUAUGCGUCUGCUAAAACCGGCGAGGCAGUCUCCUUGGAAGGACUCGAUCCCGGUACCCCAUACUUGAUCCGGAUCGUCUCCGUUAACGAUUAUGACAACACAACGUCAGAAUAUAUCAUCGUAACCACAUCCGGAACAGGUGCAUCUUCUGCCGGGAUAACUGGACAGAUUUGGUUUAUUGUCCUUAUAACUAUCAUCGUAUUCUUGAUUAUCCUCAUUAUCAUUGUAUUUGUCUCACGUCGUCGAAAAGGUGGCAAAUAUUCAGUUGCUGACAAGGAGGGUCAGCUAGUUGAUCAGGAGUCGCAACCAAACAGAUCCGAAGACAUUGGGGAAUAUAAGAAAAUCGACGAUGACGAAGCUAAAAAGCCAUUGAAUAGCCCAACUUCGGUUUCGCCGCUCAACGGUAAAACUACGCCGUCUGACGGUCUACCCACCACCACACCUCUACGCACUAGAGGCGACAGUGUUGCGGGUGAUUCGAUUGAUGCUUUCGGCGAUGAAGAGGCGCGUGAAUUCAACGAAGACGGUUCAUUCAUCGGGCAGUAUGGUGCCCUUCAAGAAAGCAGCACAACCACCCCUGCAGCAUCACCUGGCGACGUAAAUCCGGCGAUUAAUCAACCACAUGGUGACGCAGUGUGAACAAUGUGGAACUAUUGAUCUACCAUCUUAGAUCAACGCCCGCUUUCCUUGUUUUAAUUUAAACCGAACAAAUACUUUCCCCCGCGCGAUGCAGUUCGUACUAUAUCCGUGACGUCAUCGCCUGAGGUCACUGUGACGUCAUUGUAGCGCAGUAUACUGGGGCGCCGGUUCAAAUUUCUUCAAAACAAACAAGUUCCGCUUUUUUGCGAAAAAAAUCCGUAAAACGGAAACGAUUUUCGAUGUAUAUGAAGCAAAAAAUCCCCUAAACUGCAAAAGUUUAUGAGUCGUGUGUUACAUCGCUUGCACUGUUGUAGAAUAAAUCAUUUGUACUUAA